CGACUUCCCGGUUGACAAGUAUCAUCCUCAUCGUCGUCGUCAACGCGGUCGUUCCUUGAACGCGCUCCAAUCGGCUUCUUUCUGAUGGCGCGCUUUGGCUGCGGGCGCCUACUCAAGUUCUUGUGCUCGGCGGCUUUGCUAGGUGUGGUAACACUGUUACUCCAUAACGUCUUCUCGGAACCACAUGACCACACGACCCCCAAACCCGAGCCCAAAACCGAGCCAGAACCGGGGCCCAAAACCGAGCCAGAACCGGGGCCCAAAACCGAGCCAGAACCGGGACCCAGCUCUUUUCCCGUGCUGGCGGACUGCAACGAGGUAUCCCCGCUGCUCGUCGGGCCCUGUCCCCCUAAGCUUUACUCGCCGCCUAGCUUGGAGGAGAUCCAAAAUAAGAGCGCCCCGUUGUCUCCGGGAGGCCUGUACAGUCCGCCGGACUGCCAAGCUAAGCACAGCAGUGCUAUCGUGAUCCCGUACCGGGAUCGGGCUUCCCACCUGCGCACUUUUCUGGACCACCUCCAUCUUUUCUUGCAGAGGCAGCAGAUUCAAUACAAGAUCUACGUGGUGGAGCAGUGGGGGCGAGGCACCUUCAACCGGGGCAAACUGCUCAACGUGGGCGUACAGGAAGCUCUCCGAGACGGCAAUUGGACCUGCAUCAUCACCCACGACGUGGACUUGCUGCCCGAAGAUGACCGCAACAUCUACUCCUGCGACCCACGCAAUCCCACGCACUUGUCAGUGGGCGUCGACAAGUUUAAUUACAUGCUGCCGUACACAUCGCUUCUCGGCGGAGUGGUGGCAAUUGCGCCGGACCACUUCAAGAGGAUGAACGGCUACUCCAACCGGUUUUGGGGCUGGGGUGGAGAGGAUGACGAUUUCUCGGCCAGAGUGUCUCUGUGCGGAAUGAAAGUGGUGCGCCCCCCAGUGGCCUUCGCUCGUUACAAAAUGAUCGUGCACAAAAACGACAAAGGCAACGCACCCAACCCCAGCAGGAUGGAACUCCUAAAACAGACCAGGAACAACUGGCGCCGCGACGGCCUCAACUCUCUGAAUUAUAAACUCCUCUCCAAGAAGCUGGAAGGGCUCUACACCAACCUGACGGUGGACAUCGGAGGAACGUAACGUCGGCUUUCUCAAAUAGUCAUCCAUUGUUUUGUUUUCUCCACGGAGGGAAACGAUGUACAGAGAUCCCUCAUUUUUGGUGGAUAAUGGGAACCGCAGCCCCACCCUGCAAAAAAUCUGUGAAGUAGAGGUGGAGCUUAUUUACAUUUCUUUUUUUUGUGUGCGUUCAAUGUAUUUGUUCAGAUUUAACUGCAUUGGAAAGAUGUAUACAGUACAUAUAAGACAUAUAAGUUUUUCCCCUUUUUAAAAUGUAACAAUUACGAUAUUCAUGUAAAUGAGAUACAGGUAAUCCUCGGGUUACGACGUACCCGAUAUACGCGACAUCGACUUUACAAUGCUGGAGCAUAGACUUCUAUAUCAGAUGACGGGACACGGGGCCGAUCUGUAGGGGGCCAAUUUUCAAAAACUUACAAUUCAAAUAUUUUCAAAACCAAAGCCGCUAGCGACUUAAAACCCAAACAGACACCUCCCUGAAGCAUAUAUGACUCUCUAUGAGCAGCUACAGUGUAUCACAAAAGUGAGUAC